ACAGACCACCAAUUAAUUCUCCUCUCUCUUUCAGUCCACAAAACCAACUUGCUUCCCAACUCGUUUGCACUCAAACGGACUAAUUCUCUCUGAUUUGACUUUUGCGCGUUGCCACCAUGACCAAGCCCACCCGUGGACUACUUCGAUCUGCUGGAAAUGUUAGCAAGAGGUUUGGAAAUACCCCCUCACGGCAACAUUCGUUGACAAAGAGCGGCAGCAGACGAUCAUUAACCAAAAACAACAGCAAACGACUGCUCUUUGAUGCCGUAAGCUUGACGGCACAAGAGGCCAUCGAGGCCUCGCCAAUCUUGUCAAGGUCUCCUGGAAAAUCUGUUGAGCUUUAUCAUGGAGACGAAGUGAAGAAAGGAAAGGUGAUCUUGUAUGGGGAAUUCUAUGACCUCUACUCUGUGAAGCAUCUGCGGGCAGAUGACCAACACGACGCAUCCGAUGCCUCAGAUUCGGCAGAACUCACCGCAACAGAUUCCGCAAAGAAGUAUGCAGUGAAGCUACUCAGCCAGAAGCGUUCCACAGAAGGCGGAAUCAUACAGCAAGCUACAUUGCGUCUUGUGCUAGAGGCCAAGUACCUGGCACGUCUGAGUCACCCCAACCUUGUCAAGGCCAAAGGGAUACCAUUUGGAGAAGAGGUGGCACAUGGAUGCUCUGACGAUUUCUUUCUCAUCACUGAGCGCAUGACAGAGACAUUGGAAGCUCGAUUGGAACGAUGGAGCCAGAAUCCCACAAGAUCGUCUUUCUUCCAGAAUCAACGUCUCAGUAUAGAUACCAAGCGCAGGCUUGAAUAUGCCAAAUCAUUGAUUGAUGCCCUCAAGUAUCUCCAUGAUCAGAACCUUGUAGUUUUGAACCUCAAACCAGAAAAUAUUGGCUUCCUUCCAGAUGACACAAUCCAGAUCACUGAUCUCAGUUGCUGUCGUGAACUCAAGCCAAAGGGCCGUCGGAAAAGCAGCACUGACAAUCCUGGGUGCAGGAGUGACCCCCUUGGCUUUGGCAUUGAUCUCAUGGCUGGUGAGAGCACCCAGUCUCAGAUGGCCAGAGCCAAGUCCAACUUCUUGGUCCUGGCAGCUUCCUCUGGUGGAAUUCCACGGUAUAUGGCUCCGGAGGCUAUUGUUAGUGGUGCCUACACCAAGGCUGCUGACACCUACUCGUGGAGUCUUGUGAUGUAUGAAAUGCUUGCCAUCUCCAAGCCAUAUGCAUCCUUCAAACUAGGCCAGCACUUGCUGAAGGUAUGUAAUGAGGGGAACAGACCCAAUCUCUCCAUGCACAAGUUCCCAAUGGAAGUAGAAGGACUGCUGCAGAUGUCCUGGCGCAAGACAUAUUCGAAGCGCCCAAGCAUGAAUGAUUUGGUGGAGGCAUUCCCAUGCCUACUGAAUCUGAAACCAAAGGCAUAGAUACACUGUUGCCUCUGGUUGGACUUUCAUUGGCACUUUACGUAAUUAAAAUCUCAUAUCAAGUGAAAGAUAAUCAAAAGUGAGGAAAGAAGUCCUAUUUAGAAAUCUUCAAUGCAAACCUUGACCAGGAUCUUCAAAUGUUAGCAAGACACAACAACGGAUUACUAGCUAGUAUCUGGCUA